UGUACAUUUGUACAGCUGAAGAUUUCCAUACCAUUUAUCUUACUUUCUGAUUCAGAAGAGGGCCCAGGAACAUCAAAAUGUGCAAUGGAAACUACAUGCUAUAGCAAAUACACAAAACUAUAUGCGCCCAUUGUAGUAGAGGAUGAGGUAGACUCUAGCAGUAAUGAGGACAGCUGUGAUGUUCCAAAGGAUGCAGAGGUGGAACAGCAGUCUGUAUUGGACAUAAUUGCAAACCUGGCACUCCAGAUUGACCGCCAUGCUGUCAGCAGAUUUAACAUUUGUCGCUCUGACGUCUGGGAUGGAGCUGUCAGGGGAUUCAAAAGGGGAACAUUCUCUGAAAACAAGGACAUCCUAGUGAGGUUUUCUGAUGAUGGAGGCAGGUUUGAGGAAGGCCUAGAUACAGGUGGCCCAAAAAGAGAAUUCCUCACACUUCUGAUGAAAAGACUGAGUAAACGACCCAUAUUUGAUGGUCCUGUAGAUAGCCGCUACCUCAUCUACAAUUCAACAGCAAUCAGAGAGGAUGAAUAUAUUUUGGCAGGGAAGAUGAUAGCUGUGUCCAUCAUACAUGGUGGGCCUGGCCCAAAUUUUCUCUCUAAAGAUCUGGUCAGCUACAUCUCAGGGCAGUCCAGUUUCACCUCAACUAUAGGAGACAUAUCAGAUGAAGAAAUAGGGAAAGUUCUGCAACAGAUUGAGAAUGCAUCCUCAUUGCAGAGCCUGCAAGACCUGAUUGUACAAAACAGUACCAUGUUGCAAACUGCAGGGUGUUUUAAACAUGUGAGGUCAGUAGAGGAAAAGCAAUCAAUUGUGAAGGAGUACCUUAGGUGGUACAUUAUUGAAAGGAACCACAGAGCAAUUGAAAGAUUCAAAGAUGGAUUUGCUAGCUUGCACUUUUUAACAGCACUGCAGCAGCAUCUUAUAGCCCUGACCCCUGUUCUCUGCCAUUCACAUGUAAAGUUAUCUGCAACAGACAUUGAAAAUCUGUUCCAACCACAACUUAGUCCAGAUGGAAGCAACAGGAGGGUCCUGGAGGACAAAACAAGAAGUUUCUGGGCAGACUAUCUCCUUGAUUGCGAUGAAAAUGACAGUUCAGUAACCUUGGAUGAGAUCUUCAUGUUUGCCACAGGUGUGCCACACAUUCCUCCUGCUGGAAUGGAUCCUCGGCCAUGCCUUCAAUUCCUCACCAGUUCAAAAUUCCCUAUGGCAAAUACAUGUGCCAACACUUUAAAGCUGCCUCUCCUGGACAGCUACAACACUUUUAAGGCCAAUAUGAACUUUGGGAUUAAGAAUUCCCCUGGCUUUGGAUGCUUCUAGCUGGCCCUCAACUGUCAGCUAUCACUUUUUCAAGUACAAAUAAGUUAGUCUGCACUAACUGUCACACCAUGUUCCAAGUUUAAGUUUUAUUCACAUUCCAUAUUGCCAAAAGUAUUUGCUCAUCUGCCUUCACAUGCCAUAUAAACGCAUAUGAGUUCAUCCUGAAAAACUUACCAUAUAGAAGCACUUUGUAGUUCAGUUACUGACUGUAGUCCAUCUGUGUCCCCACAGGACCCCCACAGAGCAGGUAUUAUUUAUGUGGCGGAUGAUUCUCAGCACUGCAGUGACACUGACAUGGUGGUGGUGUGUUAGUGUGUGCUGUGCUGGUAUGAGUGGAUCAGACACAGCAGCGCUGCUGGAGUUUUUAAAUACUGUGUCCACUCACUGUCCACUCCUAUUAGACACUCCUACCUAUUUGGUCCACCUUGUAGAUGUAAAGUCAGAGAUGAUCGCUCAUCUAUUGCUGCUGUUUGAGUUGGUCAUCUUCUAAACCUUCAUCAGUGGUCACAGGGCGCUGUUGGCUGGAUGUUUUUGGUUGGUGGACGAUUCUCAGUCCAGCAGUGACAGUGAGGUGUUUAAAAACUCCAGCAGCACUGCUGUGUCUUACCGACUCAUACCAGCACCAUGUCAGUGUUACUGCAGUGCUGAGAAUGACCUAAAUAAUACCUGCUCUGUGGUGGUCCUGACCAUUGAAGAACAGGGUGAAAGCAGGUUUGAAGUAUGUAGAGAAACAGAUGGAACUACAGUCAGUAAUUGUAAAACUUCAAAUUGCUUCUAUAUGGUAAGUUUUUCAGGAUGAACUCAAGUUCAUAUGCGUGUGAAGGCAGGCGAGUAAAUACUUUUGGCAAUAUAGUGUAUUGUUUUUAUAAUGUGUUUAUAAUGUUUAGUUUAUCUACUGUGUUAGAAGUGGCCAAACGAAAGUAGAGUGGAAGUCUAAUUUAUGAUUUUGUAUGGACCAAAUUCUUUAAUUUGCUUGAUUUUAUGAAUAUGCAUGUUAUGUACUUAAAGCCACACUGAAGGUGGCUGGUUGGUUGAAAGUAAAAUAAUAAAAGUAAAAGUUCCAGACUGUA